CUGCCGUUUUUUUUUUAUUUCGGCAAAAAGUUGAGUUUUUUUCCAAGAAAAAAAAUUUGGCUUGCCGCGCAUUAAGCAAUAUGAAUAGUGUACAUAACGCUUUUGUUGCGGCGCAAAAGCGACGCUUGUCCGAAUGCGAGGUAAAGCAAACGGACGCGCCCCUACCGCUGCAGGAGCAACCGGAGCCGAAGCAGCGCAGAACAGAGCUGCAGGAGCAGCGGCAGCAGCAGGAGGAGAAGCAGCCACAUAAGAAUCAUCUGCUGAGCUUCUGCAAUGAGCUGCUCUAUGAGAUAUUUAAGUAUCUGGACUCGGCCUCCAUAAUGGCGGUGAUGCACUGCUCGCCGCGCUUUGAGACUUUGCUUUUGGAUCAUCGCUUCUGGCACAAUAUUGAUCUCAGUAAUGCGCCGCUGCCGUUGGGUAUAUUGGAGGAGAUACUGGGACGUGCUACAGAAAAGACGCACACCAUUAAAAUCUGUGGGCCACCCUCAUCGCAGCAUGUUGCUGGCGAGUUUAAGCAGUUCACAUGCACCCUGACCUCGGUGUUUCCCAAGGUGGCCACACAGUUGAAGGUCCUGGAGCUGCAGGGCGUCAGCCUGGACUUUGAAUAUAUACAUAUAUCGGAAUUCCCAUCCUCACUGAAGCGUUUAACGCUUAAGGAUUGCAGCGUAAAAGUUGGAGAUCAUAUCAAGAGCAUAUUUCAUACAAUAGAAAAGCAAUUGGUUGACUUGGAGGACCUGAGUAUCGAGGAUAACAAUUGGUUUGAGCCAUACUACAUCAUGGCUCUCUCGAAGCUGCCCUCGCUGCGCCGACUCAGCCUAAAGGGCUGCCAAAUGAUGUGCAAAUUUGUGCCCUACGGCAGCAUGGCGGCACGCUUUGGCUUUCAAAAGUUGGAGGUGCUCGAUUUGCGUCUGACGCCUAUUAACAACUCAGAUCUGCAGUGCUUUAGCGCCAUUGAGGGACUCAGGGAACUGCUGCUGGAAUCGCCACCGUUUCUGCCACCGGAGCCAAGUUUGCCAGCAAGAGCAACCAAUGGAAAUGUCAAUCCUGGCAGCGAGGAACCCAAUUCUCCAGUCCCAGAUUCACUGAAAAUGCUAAACGAUGAUGAGCCAUCGACAUCGCGCGCGGCCAUGGAGCAUUUACGUGCCUGCAAAAUAGCCCAGAGUCAAGAGUCGACAACCGAUGCUCCAAAGCCAGCUAGCGAUACAUUUACCUCGGAUAAUUGCAACCUUAGAAGGGAAGCGGACGAUGCCAAGCGUUCCAACAGCACACCAAAGCGCAGUGGCGGCUGUGCUUCGUCAGGGUCCGAUGACGAGGACACAUCAUCGACAUCUGCGUCCUCCUCCGAUAAAUCGGAUAGUGCGGCAGCGCACAGCAAUGAGCAUAGCUCCGAUGCGGAUGGCAAUGGGGGUAUACAGUCACCGCUUGUGGUUAUCGCGCUUCCUAGUGUGGCACGCGAGCAGUCGCCAGCGCCCGCAGAGAACGCCGAAAAUCCUGAGCCGGCCGAGCAUGCAGCUGCAACAGAAGCAGGAACUCCGCGAGCCUACAUCUAUGUACAGGAAGGUGCACCUGCUGAUGCCCAGCGACCAGCAAUGGCUUCUUUUUUGCAGCAGAUGGUGGAUCAGAUACAUACACUUCGUGGCAAUCAGCCGGCGCACAGUCGUUUUUUGCCGCGUCGCGAUCAGGUCAUCUAUAUGAAUCCGCAGGCCAUGGCCGAGCCAUUGCUGGUCAUGCAAUCGCGACGUCAUCGCACGCAUCCACGCGGAAACUUUGAGCAGGUUGUGCAUCAUCCGAUGUUCUGGAACAUGCUGGAUCCGCUGGACAGGGACUAUGCACGUCGGCAGCGCAGAUGCCAACCGGUUAGUCCACUACCGCCGCAGGGAUAUGUCUCGGAUCGGGCCAUUUAUAGUUUUGGUCGUGCCGCCAAUCCCGUACAGCCAGAAGUCGUUUGGAUACGCAACUCGAAUCGUUCGCCAAACAAUCGGCUCGAACGCAUUCAGCUACGCAAUUAUCCGCACAUCACAAACUAUACGCUGGAGCAUCUGCUGCAGUGCUCACCAAAUCUGGUCUAUAUCGAUGUGAGUGGCACGAGCAUAACGCUCCUGGGCUUGCGCAACUUUAAGAAGCUGAAGCCAAACUGUGAGGUGAUUGCAACGCAUUUAACAAUGGAUGAGCAGCCGGAACAGACAGAGACUGAAGAGGUCGUUAUAUCGGAGCCAGAAACGGAAGAACGAGCAGCCGACGUGAAUCUCAGCAUUGACAAUGAUGAACAGCAGCCGAAUCAGCUUGAACCCGAACAUCAGCCCCAACCACACGCCCAACCCGACGAGUCUUAGAUUUUUUUUUAUCUAUGCAUGAUAAAGACCCACCCUUAUUCCUGUAAUCCUUUUUGAAUGUUCCAUGCUUGAUGGCGCCUUGAUCAGCCAACGGCAUCGCCAUUUGGGUAGCUAUAUGUGUCUGUGGCACCUGCUGCUCUGGCGCUGAGUUAUUUAGUAUUAUGUUUGGAACGUAUAUAUUUAUAUA